GGCAGACAGAACAGCAGAAGGGUUUUGGGUGGAAAUGGCGCGUACUUUGUCCCAUCAAAAAACCCUAAAAACGUGGGACACAAUCACAAAUCUUCCCUCAUAAUCCUAAUUCCUACAAUUCAAUUUCAUAUUUAAUUUGCGUCAAAGCAAAUAAAAAUGAAAUUACUCACUACGCAUCGUCUACCAAUUGCUCAGCGUCUUCCACUUUUCUCCAUACUUCAGAAAGGAAGAAAACAUGCAACCACCUCUUUAGGCAACAACAGUCGUUACUUUUCUUCUUUAGCAGAAGAUUUAGAACACGAUGCGGUCCAUGAUGAUGCCAAAGCAACCGAGAAAGAUGCUGCACUACAUUUGGCUCUUUCACGGCUUUCUAAUGAAUUUGGUAGAGAAUCUACAUUGUCCUUACAACGUUUUUUUGGCGUUCGACAUGUACCUGUAAUACCUACAGGCUCAUUGAAGCUUGAUAUAGCUCUUGGGAUUGGUGGACUGCCAAAGGGGAGAUUUGUUGAAAUUUAUGGUCAAGAAGCAUCUGGCAAGUCAACACUUGCACUUCACAUUAUCAAGGAAGCCCAAAAGCUUGGAGGAUUUUGUGCUUAUUUUGAUGUGGAGAACGCAAUGGACCCUUCUCUUGUAGAAUCAAUGGGUGUAGACACAGAAAAUCUUCUAAUUUCACGUCCGGAUUCCGCUGAAAACCUGCUUAGUGCAGUUGAUACUCUUACUAAAUGUGGAUCUAUAGAUGUCAUUGUGGUUGAUAGUGUAGCCGCCCUACUCCCGCAGUGUGAAAUUGAUGUUCCAGUUGGUGGCAUAUUGCGAGAUGCACAAUCACGAAUAAUGUCCCAAGCCCUUUGUAAAAUACACUAUUCACUACGCAAUUCUCAAACGCUUAUAGUUUUAGUUAAUCAGGUUAGGUCAAGUUCAAAAUCGAGGCAAGGUAAUAAAGAUAUGGGUGAAGACACUUGUGGUGGAAAUGCCUUGAAAUUCUACUCCGCGGUUCGGUUGAAACUUGGAAAAAGGGAACUGCUUAAGAAUGAGAAUGAGGUUACCGGUCUAGGGAUUAGUGUUCAGGUUGUGAAAAAUAAACUGGCACCGGCAAUGAAAAAGGCCGAACUGGGAUUACGCUUUGGUAGAGGCUUUUGCUGCGAAUCCGAGGUAUUGGAGUUGGCAUGUGAACAGGGGAUCAUUGUGAAAGAAGGAAACGGAUACCUCGUUGAGGGGAAAUUUUUCGGCAACCGACAUGAAGCAGAGCUUCAUCUAGCUGAAAAUGAAGUGGUUUUUGAUAAGAUGGUUAGUAUCUUAAGAAGACUGUUGUUUGAAACCGAAGAGAGUAUAGUAGUUCAUGAAUAAGCGAGCUUUACUCGAUAGCAUCAUCUUGCUGUGGUAGGACAUGGUAACCUGCAAUUACAUGCCAUUAAUUGAGGAUAGAGAAUUUGACAAGAUAUUUGAAGUUCAUUCAUUGUUGAAGACCUUCACGUUAUGGCAUUGCAACAUGGGUUUGUUUUUUUUUUUUUUAGUUAAUGAAGAGCUUAUUAAUCUCAUUGCACAACAGAAGAAUUUAUUUCUCUUAGGGGGCGUUUGGUAUGCGGGAAUCAAUAGGAAUCAUAUUCCCAGAAAAGUGA